AUGGCCUCGCAUUUUGAGUCAGGGGAGCACGCUCCGGGAGACGAUUGCGAGGGAUGCCGCCGAAUCCAACAAGAGCUGGUCGAGCUGUCGACAGAGUCCGAAGAAUCUUCAGACUACGAGGAUGUUACCUCGUUCAUGUCUCAACUGUCUCAACUUUCCCUCCCAAAUCCGUCUGAACAGUUUUCCGCCGUUAUUCUCAACAAGUGCCGCACGCAUCUGCUGAUCCCCGCGACAGAAGACACGAUGCCGUCCGCAAUCGCGGCCUCCGACCUGUCGACGAACCUGAGCGACACGGACGAUUGCACCCAAGUCGCCCCCGAGCUGUUGCACAACUUGAAGCACGACAGCUCUGUUCUCUGCCUUGCCGUCAGCGCUGAGAACGAACGCAUAUACGCCGGUACCCAGGAUGGCGAGAUCGUUGUGUGGUCGCUGGCCACGUUCCACCAGGACCGCAUCAUCCAGGCACACAAGCGGAGCGUCCUGAGCUUGUUCCUGUCGCCCGACGGCUCCAUGCUGUUUUCCAGCGCCGGCGAUCCGCUCAUAAAUGUCUGGUGCCCGAAGACGAUGAACCGGAUGUACGAGAUUUAUAGUACAUACGACGUUGGCGAUAUCUUUUCCGUUGCCUACAGCACCCAGCACGAGACCGUCUACAUCGGCGCCCAGAAUACCUCUAUACAAUGGGUCAGUCUAUCGGACCCGAACAACCGAGUUCCACACGACUCCUCGCAGCAUCCCGACCGGCGCAAUCACAGGUUCUUCGACUCGCGGGCGGUAGGAGGCACGUCGACCCCGCGCCGCAACGACGAGCGGUGGGGGCUGAUUCCCAGGUCCGAGAAUGUUGUGGAGAUACACCCCGGGGCUCUGCAGAUGUUUGCCCAUUACGGCUACGUAUAUUCGAUGCUCAUGGCGAAAGGGCCGACGGUCUUGGUGGAGCCUGAAGAAGAGGUACUCAUCUCGGGUGGUGGCGACGGAACAAUCAAGCUGUGGAAGCUCGGCGCAGAAGGUGAUAAACAGGCGGAGGAGAGCGACCGCGAGCCAGGUCUUCAGGAAUUGAUGUCUCUGGGGUCUGACGACGCGGAUUCGGUCAUGUCCCUCGCCAUUGACGGGUCAUUCCUGUACGCCGGCAAGCUGCAGGGCAUCAUUGAGCUGUGGGACCUAGACACCAAGUCCAGGUUGAGAGUUAUCAAGGGACACAAGGGCGACGUUAUGACACUGCAAAUGAGCUGGGGCUAUCUCCUGAGUGCCUCUAGGUCUGGAUCCGCCACCAAACACACUACUGUCCACUAUGGCAAGUACCAAGACACCCAGACAGCCAACAUCAGCCAAAAGUACCAGUGCAUAGCUCGCUGGAAAGCACACGAGGGCAAGGUCCUGGCUUCCGCCGUUACAACGUACAACAACAGGCAGUACUAUAUCACGGGCGCGAAUGACAACGAUGUGGCUAUCUGGAACAUUGACUGCUCGUCGUAUGAACAGCACCAAGAGGUGGAUGAGGUGAACGACGUCAUGAUCAAGUCCCUUGGGGAUUUCGUCUCGUACCGAACAGUUUCCUCGCGCCCUGAAUUCGCGGAGGACUGCCGAAGAGGAGCAACCUUUUUGGGAUCCUUGUUCAAGCGGCUAGGCGGCCACGUCGAAAUGCUGAGCACAGAAAGCAGCCCGCACAAUCCUGUUGUCCUGGCCAAGUUCAGCGGCAAGCUGGAGCCGGCAGAGAAGCGGAAGCGGAUCUUGUUCUACGGUCAUUACGACGUCGUCCCGGCAGACACUAAAAAGGGAAAGUGGUUGACGGACCCAUUUCAAAUGAAGGGUAUCAACGGAUAUUUCCACGGUAGAGGUGUCAGCGAUAACAAGGGCCCCAUCAUGGCGGCACUGUACGCCGUCACCGAUCUUAUGCAAGCAAAGAAGCUUGGAAACGACAUCAUCUUCCUGAUUGAGGGCGAGGAAGAAUCUGCCUCUCGUGGUUUCCGGGAGAUUGUCCGCAAGAACAAGGAUCUAAUUGGCGAUGUGGAUUAUAUCCUUCUGGCCAAUAGUUACUGGCUUGACGACGAGGUUCCUUGCCUCACGUACGGCCUGCGAGGCGUUCUUCACGCCACUGUGUGCGUCGACUCGCACCUGCCUGAUCUGCACUCUGGUGUCGACGGCUCGUACAUGAACAACGAGCCACUGUCUGACCUCACAUCCACACUAUCAAAGCUCAAGGGGCCCGGCAACAAGGUUCUUAUCCCAGGGUUCUAUGACAGUAUCCUCCCCGUCACAGCCGAGGAGGAAACGCGGUACGACGAGAUUGCCUCGACGCUCAUGCGACAAAACCCUGAGAAGGGCCCGGAAGAUAAGCUCAAGACUGCGCUGAUGGCACGUUGGAGAGAACCCAAUCUGACAAUCCAUCGAUACAAAGUCUCGGGACCGGACGGCAGUCUGGUUAGUAGUCACGCGAGCGCAAACAUCAGCUUGCGCCUGGUGCCCGGCCAGGAGGUGAACGACGUCAUCGCGUCUUUGACCUCUUAUCUCGAGUCGGAAUUUGAACUUCUUGAAUCAAAGAACUCGUUGUCAAUCAAGAUCGACAACAAGGCCGAGCCGUGGCUGGGUGAUCCCAGCAAUGAGAUCUUCCAGGCGCUCGAAGAAGCCAUUGUCAAGGCCUGGGGAUCCGUCUUCGAGGGUGGCCAAUCCGCCGACGAAGGCGAGGAGACGGCCGAAAAGAAGAAGGCUCAGAAGCCCAAGAAACCCCUCUACAUCCGCGAGGGCGGAUCGAUUCCGGCUAUCCGGUUCCUUGAAAAGGAGUUCGGCGCCCCCGCAGCCCAUCUCCCGUGCGGACAGUCAAGCGACGGCGGACACUUGGAUAAUGAGAAACUAAGGGUCCUGAAUCUGCUGAAGAGCAGGGAGAUCAUGGGGGUCACAAUCAUGGAGUAUAAGCGCCCAUCCCCAACGGCCGUCAAGGUCAAACCUCGCCUCAUCAUCCACGGCGGCGCAGGCAACAUCAAACCAGCCAACCUCGCGCCGCCCCAAUACGCAGAAUACCGCACGGCGCUCUUGACAAUUGUCAGCAAGACAAACGCUUACAUGACAACACCAGUCAGCGCCAACAAGCUCCCCACCGCCCUGGAGACAGCAACGCACGCCGUGACGCUUCUCGAGAACAACCCGCUCUUCAACAGCGGCCACGGCGCAGUCUUUACUCGCGACGGCAUCAACGAGCUGGAGGCAUCCGUGAUGGUCUCGCGCGGGUUCAAGAAGCGCGGCGUAGGCGUGACGGGCCUGCGGCACGUCAAGAACCCCAUCCUCCUCGCCAAAGCGCUGCUGGAGCACGGCGAGGAGGACCUCGGCGGGGGCUCGAACAGUGGGCACCCUUCGUCCGUCGGCGCGGACGGCCGCGGGAUCGACGCGCCGUCUGCGCAGGGGCAUACGUUGCUACACGGCCCGACGGCGGAGGUGCUCGCGGGGAAGUACGGGCUGGAACUCGUCGAGCCUAGCUAUUUCUUCACGCAGAAGAGGUGGGAUGAGCAUAUCAAUGCUCUAGAGAAGGAGAAGAAGGGGACGGGGCUGGCGACAUGGAGUGCGGAGGAGUUUCUUCCGCAGGGCACCGUCGGUGCGGUCGCGUUGGACGAGGACGGCGUCGUGUGCGCUGCUACGUCGACCGGCGGGCUGACGAACAAGCUGACUGGACGGAUCGGGGAUACGCCCAGCGUCGGUGCGGGAUUCUGGGCGGAGGAGUGGGAGGAGGAAGGGGACCCGACGGCGGUGUUUGCGAAGGGUGGUGGCGCGUGGGGGACGGUGACGUUGUCGGAUGGCCUUAGGGGCCUGAUGGCUGACUGUUUGCCAUCAUUGAACGUUUAUUCCCCUGUGCCGGGGGUGUUGUAUGGUAAGGGUUUGAAGACGACUCGUUCGAUCGCGGCUUCCGGUACUGGAAACGGAGACUCGUUUCUGCGCGUGGCGGCCGGCAGGACUGUCGGGGCGGUGGCGAGAUGGAAGCCCUUGUCUGGCAAGGAUGCCGUGUCGUUUGUUUCGGGUCCGGGAGGCGAGCUGCAGAAGAGCGCUGGCGAUAGGUGGCACGUCACCGGCGAGGGCGAGGGAGGUAUUAUCGGAAUUGAGAUUGCGGUAACCCGUGACGAGGAGGGUGCUGUUGUGGGUGUGAGGUCGGAGGUUCUACAGGAUUUCAACUGCAAUGGUAUGUACCGGGCGUGGAUUGACGACGAUGGGAACGCGCAUGCGAAGAUUUACCAUGACGAGGUUGAGGAGGGAGUAGAUGCUCGAUCGUUUGCCGAAAAGUGGUAG